GCAGCAAAAUCACUGACCAAUGAAAUCCGUGACAUUAAAGACCUUGCAUUAAAUUAUGAAUCUGUUCGCUGAAUAAACCCAGUCCCGCGACUCGUGGGCGUGGCCUGAAACAGGUGAGCUGCUUAAGCAGGAAGUAAACACGAGGAACAAGUUAGCAGUGAUGGCUAAUGGAGGGCGACACCAUGAGAGGAGUGACGUGUACGAUGCCUACAAGAGCAGAGACCACCUGUCGUCGCACAACACGGACCACGCUGAGCGCAGAGACCGACACCACAGGCCCAGGGACCACGACGGACGAGGUUCUGCCGAUGACAGAAGACCCAAACACAACAGACAGAGGGAGAUGACACAGGCCUCUCGUGGGGUGACACCUGCUCACAGAGAGCAAGACCGUGGAGGACCCUCCAGCCUGUCACGAGAGACACCCCCCUAUGAGCGGGAAUAUUAUGAACCAGAACGGAGACAGGCCCUCUACAACCUGAGAUACGUCCUGACCACCAGAGGUCUCUGCCAGGUGAUGGAGGUCUUUGUCAAUCUUCUCAUCGUCAUCUGUGCCGGGGUGCCCUACAGCAACAAUGGCGGCUACCGUGACCUGGCCAGCCUGGGUGGACUCUACCAUUACUACUACGGUGGAGCCCAGUCCUUCUCUGGAGCGGAUGCGGAGCGUGUGAAGGAGCUGGACCGGCUCUUCCAUCAGCUCAAGCGUCCUCCCUACGUAUUCGCCAUGGCGUGCGGUGGACUGCUGAUGAUCUACGCCCUGUCCAUGCUGGCGCUGGGCGUCUUCAGGGUGCCGUACCGCUUCCCCCCGGUGCUGCUGGGGGAAGCGCUGGUGAACUUCCUGAUCGGCCUUGGCUACAUCCCGGCCCUGGCGUUUUACUUUAUCAAACUGCAGGAGACCUACAACGACCCCAUUUGCCAGGAGAGGGAGCAGAUGUACAAGAGCAAAGGUCACAAGGGCUUUGAGUGCAAAGUUCACGGCGCUGACAUCGCGGGGGGUCUUUUCGGAGCGCUCGGCGUCUUCGUCUUCAUCUUCGGCGCCAUUUUAGCCGUCAGAGCUUUCAGGUCUGUGCGGGAGAUGAAGCGGCAGAGGGGCGGCGAGGCGGAGCAUCUUUAGGCGGCAAGUUCGAACAAAUGUUUGUAGUCACUAUGAAGAGUUUACUGACUUAAGAGUGUUUACAUAUUCUUGUUGCAUUUUUGCAAACUUUUAUACACAAUUUUUUUUAAAUCCUGCUUGCAUGUUUACGUUUUUUACUGUGUUGCAAUAAACUUC